UGUCCUCCCGCCAUGACCGACAACCCUCCUCGACUUCCACCAGAACUCGAGCGUGCGAUAUUUGAGCUAGUGGCCGAGGUCUAUCCCAGGACAAGAUCCUCCCUUGCCCAUGUCGCUGCUCGCGUGCGCACUUGGAUUGAGCCAUGGCUCUACAGAACCCUGAUUCUUCGCGAUAAGCUCACAUCCGAGCGUCUCCUCUCCCUCUCCCACUCCAAACCUGCCGACUUUUUCAGGCAUUCCGUGCGGCGAAUCAUCAUUGGACGGAAAGCAUAUCGACCAGCAGACAUCUUGGCCCUUGCCCCGGAUACAACACACAUUGCCAUCGGUACCACGGUCGACUUUGGUCCCAUCUUUGCCGCAUUUGGCCGACUACGCCAUGUGCACACUGUGAGCAUGGACUCGACAACGAUGUCCCUGGCCAACAUGGCGCACCCAGUAUUGCCCGUUUGGGCCACCCUCACACAUCUCGAGCUCAUCAACCAAUGGGCUUUCCAAGACUCGAACAUAUUCACAUUCGUCGUCGGCCUCCCCGCGUUAACUCAUCUAGCACUCUUCAACCCAGAUUGGAUGAACACACAGCGGCUUCUGGAGGACUCAAACGCGAAGCUCUGUGCACUCGUUAUACAGUGCCACCGUGAGGCCGACGGUUAUUCUAUCGCGCGGAAUGUGGUGCCGCUCAUCCUCAACGACCCACGCGUUGUCGUUUGCCAGCGCAUCAGGUGGGACGAAGGCGCUCGGGAAGGGCUCAACUUUUGGAUGAUUGCAGAUGCUUUCCUCAAGCAAAAGCAGAAUGGCGAGGUCGACGGUGCGUUGAUGCGCCUAGCCCUAGCUAGUAAUCUCCGCUUAUUCUUGCUGCAGCCACUGUUUUUCUUGCCCGACGACCGGGAUAUGCCAGAAAAAGGAAAGAGCGAGAGCGAGAGCGAUUAA